AAAUAGAAAACAGAAACAGAAGUUUUUUUUUUAAUUAGUAAAUUUAUAAAUUAAUAAAAUAUUAUAGUCCUAACAUUAUUAAUUUAUAGAGUUUUCAAUGUACAUGUGUUGAACAGAAACAGAGAUCAAAUGGGUUUGGUCAUUUGUCGGCUAACUAAAACAAAAGCAACACCUUCCCAUUUUUUGUCAUUUUGGUCCGACAGAACAAAUGUUUCUUCGUCUCCCUUUUCCAUGACUUUUUUCGACGUAUGAAAACUUAUCAGCGAUUUCAAAUAUUCAUAUCCACACAUAUGCGGGGAUUUCACUAAAAUCAUCCAUCAUGUCCCCACUGUCCACUACCAGCUCCAUACAUCCCCAGCUCAAGUACUCAAUGAGCUCUGACCAGAGAUUCUUCUUCUCCAUGAACCGGAGAGUCAUCAUCAGACUCCUUAGCAACAUGAAUCAUUUAUACUGAUGCUGAGAUAGCGUUCCUUAGCAACAUGAAUUAUUUAUAGUGAUACUGAGACAGCGUCUCUCUAUCAACUCCUUGGACUGAGACAACAUAUAUAUAUAUAUAUAUGCACUAGUUCGUCGUUCACAUUCAUGAUUCAAGGCUUUGAAUAGAAGAGCUCCCGAUCACCUGCUCUUUUAAUGAUUAUUUAAGGAUUUGGGAAAGAGAACUGGAAAUCGUUAAUUAGAGAUUUGAUAAGAAGAACUGAGAACAAUUAAGAUCAAACAAAAGUUAAUGUUAAUUACAAGAAUACUUUGGUCAAAUCAACACAAAUUCGUGCAUUUCUGACUUGCAUAAAAUUCACGCUUAUUUUGAGAAAACUGUGUUAAUUUUAAUUCAAUGAUGUUUUCUUAUAUAAAAACCUACAACUUAAUACAUAGAAUAAUUUGAUUAGAAAGAAAAAUACAUACUGAACAUAUUCGUAAAAAUAUUUUGACUUCUUAUUGAAAUGUUUAUAGUUCUUUUCUUCCAGCAUAUUUGACCCAUCUCAAACCAUUGUCUUUGUCACAUAGUUUUAAAGUAUAAUAUGAAAUGUUGUAAGAAUUAAAUUAUACGCCUUCAUUAUUUACUUGCACACCUAUAAAGCUGAUUCGUCUGUAUUGAUUGAUAUAUACAUUAACACUGCUAUAAAUGCAACUAAAAUAAAGUUUAUAAUACAAUGUUUAUACUACAAUGUGCCGUUUUGUUUUUUCUUUCUGUUUUUGGAAAUCAACUAGGUUUCUCUUUUUGUUUAAAUAUUUUGAAAUAAAACAGGCUGUGUGCUAUAUACAAUUGAUUUUUUUUUCUAUAUACAAUUGAUUUCUAGUAAACCUACGAUUAUAAAAUUAAUGGUGACGUAAAAACUGAAGGUUGUGAAAACUGUUCAAGAAAAUCCACAGUAAAUAGCAAAACCAAAUUAAUGAAUUAAAAAUAUAUACAAAAGCCUAUAAACCUCGCAUGAGAAUCUGGGUUAGUUGACAUUUUUAUAUUUAUCCUGGUAUAAUCCUAACAUCGAACUUUUUUAAUUAUUAAUCAACCAUAUACAUGUAAAGUAAAUACCUAAUGGUCCAUGAAAUAUAGAUUUUCACCUGAGAAUUUCGAAAGUUGGAUCAGUUGAAUAACCCAUGUCAUAUUGCUUUUGUGCGGACGUGCAUAAGUUUUAUAAUCCUAAUAUAUGAGUCAGAUUUGCCUUUCAUUUUUGUUGUGGAUCCCAUCAUGUUCUCUCCACUGAGCCAAACGACUCAAUACUUAGUAUGUUCGCUAGAUCUUGUGUUCUAUAAAUAGAAUAUAUCAUUGCAUACAAGUCAUCACACUCUCUCUCAACUUCAUCCCAUUUUGUAUCUCUCGCUCUCUGUUUCUCGAUCCUAAACGAGUUACCUUUCUUCUCAUCAAUACCCUGCGAUGGAGAAUUUAAUCCUUAAACAAGCUCUUAUCAUGCUCCUAAUAAUAUUUUCAUCACCAAUCUUGAGUACUCAAGCCCGAAUCCUCCAUGCAGAUAGAGUUGCAAACAUGGGCAUUAUAAAUAGUCAGGUUCUCCUACGUGAGCUCGGGUUUGAUCUCUCCAAGUUCAAAGGAUAUAAUGAAAGGAGGUUUUUAGUAGAUUCGGAAAGGGUUUCACCGGGAGGACCUGACCCGCAACAUCAUUGAAUGAUCUAUACGGAUAUUUUACUUGACCGGAGAUUCAAGCACAAUAAUUGUGACUGAUCCAUGCAGGUCAUUUAAUAUCGCCAUAUAUAUGCUUUUCUUCUCUCGUUUUCCCCUUCAUAAAUCUUACGUACAAUUUUGUUGUAUCAAGGUUUUGGUGUUCUUGUACCUCCUUGUCUUAAUACAUUAAACUUUUUCUCUGUAUGUUUUCGUGUGUCUCCAAUGAGUUACCUUUUAUGUAACAGCAAUUGGCUUAUACAUAAUAUUCCCCGGUUUGAGUUUUACUUUUUCAUUUAUAAGGAAAAAAAAGUAAAGGUAGAGAAUAUAGUAAUUGAUAUUAGCAGUUCCAUAUACUGAUAUACAUAUGAUCAAAACGAUUACUUAGAGAGAUUUGAUGGCCAAACUAUUAAUUUAAGUUUUAUAAAAGAUAACUGUAAUAGUCAUCAUUCAAGAUACACUCCGGAAAAUCAUAUCUAAUAUAUAAUUCGUUUUAUUUAUGUGACUUUGGAAGAGUAAGAGCAUCUAACCAACAGCUUGUAUUCUGUUAGUUCCAUGUUCUCUAAUGUCGACAUUCGAGUUUUAUGUACUGGAUUCUUUCAUUUCGCUUAUGUGAAAUAUAUUUGGUGAUUACAUAUUUUAAAGUUCGACGACGUUUGCUUAAGAAGUGUUGUCAUCAACUAAAGAUUUUAACUAUAUAUAUAGUGACUGGUAAUAAUCAAGACUGCGAAAUUGUAGAAACAGUUUGUUGCACUCUUACAAAUCGCCGACAUUAACUAGUGUUAAAAAUGAUGAGAGGUUCAAGAAAUUUAAACUAUGAGCUUGACAAAUGGCAAUACAAAUGAACAUAUUCUCCAACAAAAAGAUUCAUCUCGCGCACAUAUGUCUACGCAUAUACAAUCUGUUGACUUCGUUCGUAUUACUUAUUUAUCAAUUAAUAAUAUUCUAGACUUGGCAUUCUCAUUAGUCAAGGAAAUUACUUUCACCCGUUGAAACCAUAUAGAAUAUUGAUGACCCAUACAUGCGACAAGAUUAAUAAGUUGUUGAAAAAUAAAAAAAUAGUACGUCUCUUGACUAGAUACAAAAAAUGAUUUAGGACUUGCCAAGUGAAAGUUUGCAUAACAGAUAUAUACGCAUGUUCUUGAUUUUACCAAAAAAAACUAUUUAGGAAAUGAUUGGUAAGGGCUGUAGUUUUAUAUUUUUUGCUGUAAAAUUUAAUCUGUAGAUUUAUCUGCUGUAGUUUUCAUUGUUGUAACUUUCUAAAACACUCAUUUUUGUUCUGAAAAUAAAGCUCUGUAUAGCCAUAUUUUGAUUUUGCGGAGAUUUUUUUGUUGUGAGUUUUUUAAGGAAAGAAAAACUCGAUUAGUUGACAUAUUUAGCUCUAGAUUAAAUUUUAACUGUCCAGAGCAUCUACCGCCACGACCAAUCAUCUCCUUAGUAUUGGUGAAUAUUUGGAUACAUAUAUUCCAUUUGCUAUGGCAGAAGGAUUAAAAUCAGUUUUGGAUACGGAUAUAAACAUGAAGUAGUUGUUUGAAAUCUUUGUAUUUUAUGAAUUAUUGGAAGAUAUGAUUCGCACAUGAGAUAGCAUAUUGGAAAUUAUCAUUCUCAUCAGCUAAUGGGCCUGAUACUUGCCAUUCUUGAGAUUAAAAGCACUUGAAAGGAUAAAUGGGCCUUGUUUACUUUUCUCCUAGGGCAACGUGAUUGUUUAUCAAAUCAGUAAACCCAUUACAAGGGAAAACGGCUGAUUCAUACAUCAACAAGAAGUCGCGGUCCCGAUCAGUACAUACACUCACACUAUGUGCUAAAACAUACUUCAACUCAAAUUAUAUUCAAAUUUCAUACGCCAACUCACUUUUCGGUAAAUUCAUACAUUGACUGUGUCUCCGUUAGUCAAAUAUUGUUGGAGCCUUACGUGGAUUUAACUGAUGAUUACGUAGAAAUUAAGUUCAAAACGACUUUGUUUUAUUGGAAAAAAAUUGUUUUAAAUUGGUUUAAAGUGGGAUUCAAACCCGGGUUACCUACAAUAACCUAUCCCCUACUCGACCACUCUGCCAUGUAUGAUUCACCAUAUUAAUAAAUCACAUACACAUAUUUAACAUUCAUCGGUUCCGGGUUCCCAAAAAAAAUUGAUUUCAUUUGGUGUACACAGGGAUUCGAAACCGGGUUCCUUGAAUUAACGCAUCCCCACUCGACCACUCCGACAUGUAUGCCUCACUGUUUUAAUACAUCACAUAUAUAUUCAUAUGUGAAUACAUCAUGUUUCAUUAUAGCUUCUCACCUUUCUCUUGCUUCCCCUGCAACCCUCAAAAUUUAGAAAAUGACUAUUUGUGCUCGUUCAUUCAUUAGUUUAAUAAUCUAGAAAGCAAAAUAUUUCUUUUAACGUAAAUCUACGUCUGUGAUCUUGUGGUAGUCUCUAUUUUAAAUGGUAAAAGAAAUGGAAAACUGCAUCAUAUACCUAAACCCAAAUAUGGCUAACAGACUUUAAAUCACAUAAUGCUUAAUCGUUAUAGUGAUUACUAUAAUACCUAUAGUGAUGUAUUCACAUAUGAAUAUGUAUAUGUGAUGUAUUAAAACAGUUAAGCAUACAUGGCAGAGUGGUCGAUCACUAAAAAAAAGUCUACAUUGAUAGCACAUUAUUAUAGCUCGUUUUACUGAACUGCUGUCGUAGAUGAGUUUGAAAGUUCUGUAUUAUAUAAUAGCAUUAGAUACAUGCUAUGAUAGAUUUUUAGUAAGCGGAAACCUAAACUUAGAUUUUCUCUCUAGACACUAUUUUUUCCUCUCUAAAUUUAUAUCAAAAUACAGUUUCAUCUGUCUUAUUUUUUAUUGAUUGAUAUAUUUUGGUGAGGAUAACUAACUUUGAAUCUCUGCUAUCCAUAAAAUCUUAUCCAACGGUGAGUAUGGAUAUUGAGAACUUCUCUCUCAAUUUCAAUCUCUUCAAGUUCUAACUCUCUCGCCAUCUCUACCUCUCUGAUCUCUAUCUCUCCUCUAUCUCUUUCAAUCUCAGUUUCACUACUACCACCACCACCGAGAGAGGAAGAAGAAGAAGCAAGAUGGUGGUGAUUCAUGGAACGUGACGGCGAUUCGCGACGGUCUCAGUCGUCCCCCAUCUCGACUGCGUCUCCGUUGUCACCUCGUCUCCAUCAGUUUCUCAUCUCUGUCGUAAUCUCUCUCUCUCU